GUAAUGGGUUUGCAUUGAUCUCUUUCUCAGCACUUGCUAGCAUGUAUUGCAUUUCCAUAUAAUAUAUCUAACACAAUAGAAGGAUCAUAUGCACAAGAUAAAUGCAUGGAGCCGAUCUUAUUGAAGAGUAUUUAAUUUUCUAUGGAGUACUGCUUCAUUCCGUGGUAAUUUCUUCUUCAUCACUGUCGAUUCCUGUUAAAGUUGUGGUGUCAAAGCUGCAGCAGUGGGAGCAAAUUGAAAGACAUGAGAGCUGCAACAUGACUGCACAGCAGCAGCAAACUGACAACAGCAUGAAGCUGCACAUGGGCUGCAAAAUGGCAGCAAAUCUUUUAAAUUUGAGUCCUGCUCUUCAUCUUCCUACCGAUGUUCUCUCCAUUUUCUUUGUGAAAAACAUGAACAAUUCCCACCCAGUUGAUGAAGCAAAGAGGAAUUCUCUGAAGCUGACCUCCCCCUUCUUGACCCAAUCCAUUUCCUCUGUAUUCUGCAAUAGACAAUUCUGAAGCUCCGUAAGGAUAUUGAGCUAUCACGGGAUUAAUUCAGGUCGUGUUGUUACUUGUUAUCUCAUUCAUUCUUCAACCACCCGUGUUAAACACUUAAACCCAUCUGCAAUGGAAGAGGCAUUUUUGCUAAUUAGAAGUUGGCGCCCUCUUUCUAGAUUUCUAGUAACAGCUAUUGUGCCUAUCGAUCUGUAAGCUCUACCUUGCUCUCUAGUAAAGUUUGUUGUAUACA